AUGCAGUCGACAAAGGUGAAAGCCGAGGCCCUUGGGCGGAAGGCUAAGGUCGUACUUAAGUCGGCCAACAAGGACGACUCGAACCUCGCGCGAGAGAUCCACCACCACCGCCAGUUUGUCCACCCGCACAUCGCCCGCCUGUACGAGGUCAUCGUGACGGAAUCACUGGUCUGGCUGGUCCUGGAGUAUUGUUCAGUCCAAAAGACCUUCACCCAGCUCGUCGGCGCCGUUUGCUACGUCCACCGGCAAUCAUGCGUCCACCGUGACCUCAAGCUAGAGAAUAUCCUCCUCGAUAAGCACGAGAACGUUAAACUCUGCGACUUUGGUUUCACGCGGGAAUAUGAGGGCAAGGCCAACUACCUCCAAACUUUCUGCGGGACGAUAUGCUACUCGGCCCCGGAGAUGCUCAAGGGGGAAAAGUAUGCCGGCGAAAAGGUGGAUGUGUGGAGUUUAGGCGUUAUCCUCUACGCCCUGCUCACGGGGGAGUUGCCGUUCGACGACGACGAUGACAACAUCACGAGGACCAAAAUCCUCAACCACGAACCAAACUACCCCGACCACAUCCCCCCGGACGCCCUGUCUUUGCUGAAGAGUUUACUUUCGAAACGCCCCAUCCUUCGCCCGUCCCUCCCUGACAUUCUAGCCCACUCGUUCCUCGCCGAACACGCGCCCCAGCAGCAGGAGAUUCUGAAGCUCGAGCGCCCAGAGCCGUUCUCGACGCCACUAGAGAAGGAGACGCUGCACCGGAUGCGGAGCGCUGGCGUCGAUAUCGAUUCGGUCGUCGACAGCGUGCUUGCGCAAAAAUGCAAUGUGCUAGCCGGCUGGUGGACGCUCUUGAUCGAAAAAGAAGAGCGGAAACAGAAGAGGAGGGAGAGGAAGCGAAAGGAGAGGGAGCUGGAAAAUAGGACCUCGAGGCGCUUCUCGCAGGCUUCAAGCCGCUUAAACGCGUUGGCGACUGUGGAGGAAUCGUUCGUGAAGCUUUCGGACGCCCCGCUACCGAGAACUCGUGGCAGCUUAGCCCGACUCAAGAUCAGCCCAAACCGUCAAGCGGAGGGUGAGGGCCGGCGCUUAGGUUGUCGUGGAUUAAUCGUCCAUUUGAAAAGGUAA